AUGGCACAGGCUCCUGUUUCAGACGAACCACCGCCGUAUUCGCGCCGCCAGGCGUCCACGAGCAGUCAUCACAAUCGUUUACAAUCUACGCGCCAGCCUCCAACUCCUCAGCAACAACGUUUUGUCGCACCAGUGUCGCACGAGUCGUCUUCAAUACCGUCUCCGCGGCUUGUCGUGUCACCAGCGACGAAUUCCAAUGCCCCAUACUCGCACGGCGGCUACGAAGCACAAAGCUCAUUUACCGACCUCGCAACGGAUAAACGUGAGAGUAUGCAAGGUGGCCCGUAUGCAGAGUAUGGAUACACGGGGCCAGAUGUUAAGAAUAUCAGCCCAAUGCCAACAGGAGCGUAUUCACCUGGUCAAGAGAGCAUGUCAGAGUCGACAUAUUCGGUUCCGGGUUCCUCGAGCGGGCCGGGCCAUCUUGGUGUUGGCCCACGCUCUCCGACAACGGCGUCGCGAAAGGGAACAGAGACUGUCAUCCUCUUGGGUACAGGUCACAGUGGGAUGUGGCUGAACCACGUUGUUAUCGCUACCAAGGAGAAGCUCAUACAAGGUGCAUAUCAUGUGGAUCCUAAUCUCGACAUUCCGGACCAUGCAACCCCACGACGGAUUGCGCUACUUCCCAAAAAGUCGCACGCACGUUCGACGUCUUCUCUCUCACAAGCGUCUUCGAAGAGUGGAAAGAAAAAGGCCGAUCCUUCUUGGCAUCCGACUGCUGUUGCCGAGGCGUGCAAUGCGCUAUUUGAGACUAAGACUGCAGGCGUUGACAUUUUACUGAGCAUCGGUGGCUCUGGUGACAACAGGUCGAACAGGGCGAACAUUGACGUACGGACAAAGAAUGGCAAGGCGGCAGUCAAGGUGGUUGAGAUAGGACCAGAACGAAGGGUUAAUCUGGACAUCCUUACAGCCAAGGGUACGCCUUUUAUUCCCACUGAUGCGUAUUUACGAAUGAUCAUGGCAGGUGACAUCGAAGUAUUUAUUCCUCGCAAGUUUUCUGGACCACUACAUAUGCACACGGAUGGCGAGAUCACGCUCCUACCACGGCUCGCAUCGAGCAUGGAAGUUAUUUCGGCACGCGAAGAUGAUGCACUCGUGAUGAUCAAGUCGAAUUCAAAGCCACUACCACCCUCGCCCACAGGCUCGUCUUCGCGGCAAAACCAGUCGAUGCCUGGCGGGUUUAGUAAUUGGCUGCACCCCCACUCUACAGGUGCGAGUCGAUCACCAAGUUAUGAAGGAGACUUUUGCAAUCUGGUGAGCUCUGGAGGGGGUAAUAUCAUUGUUGGUUUCGUUGGAGAAGACAAGAUACAAGAAGAGUCUCCGGGAAUUUGGAAGAAGUUUGUGAGCUUGUUGACUGGACGAUCUAAUUCUGCCUAG